CUAGCAUUAGUAGGAGAAUUUCACCCACUGCAGCAAGAUUUGUAUCUCGGCUCACGUUCUUGUGAGCAUGAUAUAGCCUUCUAUACCAGGAAUUGCGACAAGUGCGGUCUGUGAUAUUUAUGUUCUAGUGUUUUUGUACAUUAUCCAAUUGAAAAGUUUGAAUCGAUUUUUAUCUUAUAAUGUAUGAAAUUGUUAAGUAUGUACAGUAAGCAUCGGUAAUGGAAUAGUUUCAUCUGCUAAACUUGACCCCAACUAUUACACAAUGGCUGAGCCACAUUCACCUUCAUCGUCAAUGUUUAAACAAGAUUUUGAUCUCGUGACCCCGGAAUUUGAAGUUGAUCCAAAAGUCUUAUGGGGCGUCAUCGUGCCACCGUUCGUGUCGGAUAAAGUUGUCUCCUGGGUGGAGGAAAAUUUUCCAAGUUCUCCAUCACCGCAAUGCGAGUUCAAGGGGAUCAAUGUUAUGAAAAAGAUCGAAAAUGUACGGAUGAUAGACAGAUACAAUAGCAAAAAUCCGACGGUAGGAGUGUUGUACCUCACUGCAACACAUCUUAUUUUCGUCGAUCCAGAUGCCAACAAGGAGACAUGGGUUUUGUAUAUGCAUAUCGCCAGCGUAGAGAAGCUCCCUCUAAGCACAACCGGCUCACCACUAUUGAUACGCUGCAAAACUUUCCUCUCCAUCACGUUCGUUAUACCAAAAGAACGUGAAUGCCAUGACGUGUACAUCACACUGAUGAAACUGUACCAACCGGUAAACAUAAAAAAUCUCUAUUGCUUUCAAUACACCAGCACGGCAAAGGAGCUACCAAAGACAACAGGAUGGGAAUAUUUUAAAUUGGAAAACGAAUACAAGAGGAUGCGUGUCCCCAAUGAUCAGUGGAAUUUGUGCACACUAAAUCAAAACUAUGAAUUGUGUGAUACGUAUCCCCAGUUGCUGUACGUGCCAAGCGAAGCUAGUACUGCAAUGUUGCUGGGAAGCUCUCGUUUCCGAUCGAAGGGACGCCUUCCGGCGUUAACCUACUUACAUAGCAAUAAAGCAUCGAUCUGUCGGUGCAGUCAGCCACUAUCAGGUUUUAGCGCCAGAUGUCUCGAGGAUGAGCAAAUGCUGGAAGCUGUUCGCAAAACGAAUCCGAACUGUGGGUUUAUGUAUGUAGUUGACACAAGGCCGAGGAUAAAUGCAAUGGCAAAUCGUGCCGCUGGGAAAGGAUAUGAGAAUGAGGCCAACUAUGAGAACAUUAAAUUCCAGUUUCUCGGAAUUGAAAAUAUUCACACAAUGCGAACCAGUCUACAGAAAGUAAUAGAAUGUUGUGAGCAGAAAUCUCCUACCAUGAGCAGCUUUCUCAGUGCAUUGGAGUCAUCUGGAUGGUUGAAGCAUAUCCGUUCAAUUCUAGACACUUCCAGUUUUAUUGCGAAUGCUGUGGACACUGGUAUUUCCGUUGUUGUUCACUGUUCAGAUGGAUGGGACCGUACCGCACAAGUGUGUUCUCUAGCAGCGCUGAUGUUAGAUCCCUACUAUCGCACCAUCAAAGGAUUUCAGGCUCUCAUCGAAAAGGACUGGCUUGCGUUUGGUCAUAAGUUUAGCGAUCGCUGUGGCCAUAUUCAAAAUGAUCCGAAAGAAGUCUCACCGGUGUUUACGCAGCUGUUGGAUUGUGCCUGGCAAUUGAUACAACAACGAAAUGAUGCAUUCGAAUUCAACGAACGCUUUCUGUUGAUUCUUCACGAUCAUGUGAUGUCUUGUCAAUAUGGAACGUUCGUUGGUAACUGCGAAAAAGAUCGGUUAGAUUUGAGACUAUCAGAAAAAACAUUUUCGUUAUGGGGGUUCAUGUCGAAUCAUUUGAAUGAGUACAUCAAUCCACUAUAUAAGCCGGAGAUGGAUGAAACAAUUAGGCCUAAUUUAGCUCCGCAGUGUAUAAAGUUUUGGCGUGGCAUGUAUAGUCGAUUUGAGAGUGGAAUUCAUCCGAGAGAGCCAUUAGACGAUUUGCUGGUUGCCAGCAAGGAUCAUUCAACUUCGUUGGAUGACCACGUGCAGCUUUUAACGAAGCGUAUCAAUAGCUUCAAAAAUAUGAUUUCAAAGUCGGCAAAAAGAUUACAAGGAACCAAAUAUGCUGAUAAUCGAAACAUAGAGGUGAACGACAAUCGAUACAAUUACGACAAGCGACUGAGUGAACUCUCCUGUGCGGAUGAUGAUCAUCCUCUCAAGGCUUCUAAUCUCUCCUAUAAAAGUCUGAAUUCAACUGAAACAAACGACAAUUCAGUAGUAUCACAUCAACUGUCUGACGAGAUGAACUCGGUAGCCAUCGAGUGGAAACCGUUACGAAGUGUUGCCAACUGUCCAUCCUGUACGAUACCGUUUGAUCAGAUCAGCAAAAAGCAGAACCACUGUUGGAAGUGUGGAGAAGUGUUUUGCAGCCGCUGCAUUGACAAAACCGUUGCUUUGGCCGGCCAUAACAGCGGUAGCCUGGUGCCAGUCUGUCGGAAUUGCUUCCGGGAUUCACAGCAAGGCACUCCUUAGGUAUAUACAUGAAAUCAACAUUCCUAUUGUUAGUACUGUUGGGUUUCUCUUACUAAGUACCUACGUCCCUGACCGCUCGUUUGAUAUUCUGGUCGAUGCUUUCCUUUGGUUCCCCACCGUGACCUGUUAGCUUUUAAGUGUCUCCAUCGCAUAAAUUUCCUAAUGUCACGUAUUGGAUAGAUUAUUUAGCUCGAAUGUAAAAAAGCAGGUAGAAAUGCAAAUGCAAGUAUGAGUAUAAUUAAAGUAACUUGAAGGCUGUUCAACCUAGCAGAAUGUAUUAUACUAUGUGAAUGUGAUAUUCCUUUAUACCUGAAAAGAAUAAUUUGAAAUGAAUUACAAAAGAUACGUUUUAUUCAUUCAUUGAUUGAUUGAGACUCCAGAAUGUGAUUGUGUGAGACAGUUGAAGUAACAGAAGGAGAAUCCUUAAUCAUAAUCUAUUUUUGUCAUUCGACAUUAAACAUAGAAAAGCUAAAAUUAUGUUGCUUGCUCAAUAUGUGCUAUUAAAAGUAUAAUACAAGAAAUAAAAUAAUAACCUAUGAAUCUAAUGAUAAUCUAUAAUUAUGCUGACUAAGUUAGUCACAGCUAUGUUUUGUAGUACUUUUCACAUCACAUGUAAUACAGCUCAUGCACAAUAAAGUAAUAAGUUGUAUUUCGAGCAAAGCAAAAUAGUUGUAAAAUUUGUUACUGACAUGAAGGUAAACAGUUGAAAAAAAGAAAUAUAUUUGUAGUCAUAAUGAGAAAUAAUUAA